AAGCCCCCCCCCCCCCAGGACCAAAGAGGCUGCCAGACCCCUCCCCAGGACCAAAGGGGAGACCUCCCAGAGCUGGAAGAUCCUCAGAUCCAAGGUGACUACAAGACACCCCCCAAACUGCAAGACCCCCAGGACCAAAGGGCAGACCCCGCCAGGAGACUACAAGACCCUCAGGACUAAGAGAGAGACGCCCCUCAAAACUGCAAGACCCCCUCCCCCAGUAUCAAAACUGAAAUACACGCUCCGGGACCAAGGGGGAGACCUCCCAGAACUUCAAGACCUUUCCAGGACCAAGGAGGCUGCAAGUCUCCUAGGACCAAGAGGGAAGCACCGCCUUCAAGAGCUGGAAGACCUUUAGAACCAGGGAGACUACAAGAUCCCCAGGAUCAAGGAGGAGACCCCACCCCAAAACUGCAAGAACCCCCCAGGAACAAAGGGGAGACGUCCCAGAGCUUGAAAACCCCCAGGACCAAGGAGGUUGCAAGUCUCGUAGGACCAAGAGGGAGAUCCCCCCAGAGCUGCAAGAUCCUCAGAACCAAGGAGACUACAAGACCCCCAGGAUUGUAACACCACCAGAACCAAAGGGAGACCUCCCCUCCCCAGGGCUGCAACACGCCUAAGACCAAGGAGACUGCAAGACCCUCAGGACCAAGGGGGAGAACCCUCCAGGUCAGAACUGGAAGACCCUCAGAACCAAGGACACUACAAGAACAGGGAUCAACAGGGAGACCCCCCCCCCAAAAAAAACCUGCAAGACCCUCAGAACCAAGGAGACUCCCUUGGCUGCUUUGGAAACUACAUGAGAAAACAGAUCAAAGAUGGAAGAGCAGGACUCAGCCUACCCUGAUGGCUUUCACACUGUUCAAGCUAAGUACAGAGGAGAUUUCUUUGGGAAAACCAUGGAGAAAUGCCUGUGGGAGGAUGGCCUUGCUCCAGAUGCACAGCGUCAGCAUUUCAGAGAGUUUGGCUACCAAGAAUCUGUGGGGCCUCGAGAUGUUUGUAACCAGCUCCAUGCACUCUGCCGUCUGUGGCUGAAACCAGAGAGACACACCAAGGCACAGAUCCUGGACCUGGUGAUCCUGGAGCAGUUCCUGGUCGUCCUUCCCCCAGAGAUAGAGAGCUGGGUGCGAGAGUGUGGGGCGGAGUCCACCUCCCAAGCAGUGGCCCUGGCAGAGGGUUUCCUUUUGAGUCACACGGAGGAAAUGAAACAGGAAAAGCAGCAGGCAUGGCUUGAGGAAGAGAUGGUUGAAGUGGAGAAGUCUUCUUCCGUGAUCAAGUGGAUCAAGCAAGAUGGGGACGGAGUACACCGCUCAAAGGGAGCUGAUAGAAAGAUACGGCCAGUAUGUACAACCACAUCUCUCCAUUACGAUGGACUCAGGGCAGCUUCUUCAAGACUGGAUCAGGUGACCUUCAAAGAGGUGGCUGUUGACUUCACUGAGGAGGAGUGGACCCUUCUCGGUCCGGGCCAAAGAGCUCUUCAUUGGAACGUGAUGAUGGAGAAUUUGGAGGUUGUGUCCUCUCUGCGUGGAGAUGGGCAAGAAAAUGAGAAUGAAGGAGAACCAUGUGGGAUCUUGUUUCAAAGAGCCAGAUGUGAACAGAUGAAAGAACAGGAAACAAAAACUGACACCGAACAGCUAAUCAGGAUCAAAGCCUCAGAUUUUCACUGCGCUGACAUUUGUGGGCUCUCCCAGCAAGAAACACCACAUCAAGGGAUGGAAGGAUGUAAAUAUCUUCCUUGUGGGAGUAGUUUCAGGGAUACAGCAAACCUUAAUCUUAACCAGAGAACUCAUACAGAGGAGAAGCCUUUCAGAGGUGACUGUGCAAAGACCACCAAUUUUACAAAGUGUGUGAAUUCCCAUGAAAAAAUGCACCCAAAAGCAAAACUAUUUAAGUGCCUGGAGUGUGGAAAGAGAUUCAGUUGGAAGAUGUGUCUCACUCGUCAUCAAGCAACACACACCGGGGAGAAACCAUUUAAAUGUUCAGAGUGUGGAAAAAGUUUCAGUUGCAAAAUAAAUCUCACUAGUCAUCAAACAAUACAUACGGGGGAGAAACCAUUUAAAUGUUUGGAGUGUGGGAAGAGUUUUAGUCGGAAGACGCACCUCACUUGUCAUCAAGUCACUCACACAGGUGAGAGACCGUUUAAAUGUUUGGAGUGUGGAAAGAGCUUCAUUUGGAAGAUAAGCCUCACUAGUCAUCAAGCAACACACACAGGGGAGAAACCAUUCAAAUGCUUGGACUGCGGGAAAAAUUUCAGGCAGAAAAUAAACCUCAUUCAUCAUCAAGUAGCGCACACAGGAAAGAAACCAUUUAAAUGCUUGGAGUGUGGGAAGAGCUUCAGCCGGAAGACACACCUCACUCGUCACCAAACCACUCACAGCGGGGAGAAACCGUUUAAAUGCCUAGAGUGUGGCAAAAGCUUCAGUCGGAAAACACACCUCACUCGUCACCAAACCACUCACACAGGAGACAGACCUUUUAAAUGCUCAGAUUGUGACAAAAGCUUCAUUUGUAAGAUAAGCCUUACUAGUCACCAAGCAACACACACAGGGGAGAAACCGUUCCAAUGCUCAGAGUGUGGGAAAAGCUUCAUUUGGAAAAUAAGCCUCACUAGUCAUCAAGCGACACACACGGGGGAGAAGCUAUUUAAAUGCUUGGAAUGUGGGAAGAGCUUUAGUCGCAAGACACACCUCACUCGCCAUCAAGCCAUUCACACAGGAGAGAGACCGUUUAAAUGUCUGGAGUGUGGAAAAUGCUUCAUUUGGAAGACGCACCUCACUCGUCAUCAAGCAAUGCACACAGGGGGAAAACCAUUUAAAUGUUCAGAGUGUGACAGGAGCUUCAGUGAGAAGACGCAACUCAUUUCCCAUCAAGCAUCACACACAGGGGAGAAACCAUUUAAAUGCUCAGAUUGUGGGAAGAGCUUCAGUUGGAAAGUAAGCCUUACUAAUCAUCAAGCAACGCACACAGGGGAGAAGCCAUAUGUAUGCUCAGAGUGUGGAAGAAGUUUUAUUUGGAAAGUAAGCCUGAUUAAUCAUCAAGCAUCGCACACAGGGGAGAAACCAUUUAAAUGUUUGGAAUGUGGGAAGGGUUUCAGUUGGAAGACACACCUUACCCGUCAUGAAAUCACUCACACCGGGGAGAGGCCGUUUAAAUGUUUGGAGUGUGGAAAGUGCUACAUUUGGAAGACUGACCUCACUCGCCAUCAAGCUACUCACACAGGCGAUAGACCAUUUAAAUGCCUGGAGUGUGGGAAGUGCUUCAUUUGGAAGACAGACCUCACUCGCCACCAAGCCACUCACACAGGGGAGAGACCAUUUACAUGCCUGGAGUGUGGAAAGUCCUUCAGUCGAAAGACAGACCUUACUCGCCAUCAAGUAACGCACACAGAGGAGAUGAGCAUGGAAACUCUUGCAUUUGGAGCUGACCCCUUAUGUGAUAUCAAGGAGUUCAUACACAGGACACGGCAUUUAAAUGCUUGAAAUGUGUAAAGUACUUCAGUCAUUUCCAACACCUUACAACAGACACAGAUGAGUAGGAAGCAGCUUCCCUGACCUCAAGAAAGGCACACAAAGAGAAAACUCUUGAAAUGCUUGGGAGUGUGGGAAUAGUGUACAGGUUGAGUCUCCUUUAUCCAAAAUGCUUGGGAGUGUUUGGAUUUUUUUAGAUUUUUGAAUGUUUGCAUAUGCUCAAUAAGAUACCUUGGAGAUGGGACUCAAGGCUAAACACAAAAUUCACUUACGUUUCAGAUACACCUUAUGGACAUAGUCUGAAGGUAAUUUUAUACAUAAUAUUAUUAAUUUUUGCAUGAAACGAAGUUUGUGUGUACUGAAACAUCAGAAAGCAAAGAUAUAACUAUCAUAGCCCCACAUGAAAAAGUUUUUGGAGUACAGUGGCCCUUGGUAUCUGCACAGGUUUGGUUCCAGGACCCCCUCUGGAUACUGAAAACCAUGGAUGCUCAAGUCUCAUUAAAUACAAUGGAAUAAUAAAAUGAUAUACGUUAUAUAAAAUAGCAAAAGCAACAUUUGUUAUUUGGAAUUUAUAUUUAUUUGGAAUAUUUUCAAACCAUGAAUAGUUGAACUGUGGUAAAAAAAAGUCUUUGAAUAAGGAAGGCUGAUUGCAUUUCCGAUUUUGGAAUUUGAGAUCAAGGAAACCUUUUCUUAUUUCAAAUGAAAGAAUGAAAGACAGAGAGCAGAAUAUGUAAAUACAUGUUAUACGAAAUAAGUUCCAAUUAGUGGUGAAUCCUUAGAUCGCAUAAAAGCAUGCAGUUAAAGGAGAAACUAGAAUAAUGUUUUGGUAUGUCUUUCAUUGAGGUUUCAGUGCUGUCAUCAGGCCAUAGAAAUCGCACAAAGUAAAAUACUGUAAAUACUUUGACUAUAUAAACACUGGUAUUAGGAGAGUACCUAAUAAUAAUAAUAAAAUAAUAAAAGUAUGGAAGAACUGAACCUAGGGCUGUCAUCAUCAUUGUAUUAUUUACCACAUUGUAUUAUUAUGUUAAAAACCUGUUGUUUUCAUUUUACUUGUAAGCUGCCCUUAGAUCUUUUUGAUAUAAGGCAGGAUAGAAAUAGUCUAAUAAAAUAAACAUUACAGAAGUUACUGAAGAGGACCAUAGAAGGCAAUGAAAGAGCUGUGAGAUUUGUCUCAAGGACUUGUUCUUUGAAUUUUAGCAAUAUUUAUGUUGGAACCUAAAAUGAUUUUGUACUUUUAAAGGCUGCCUCUUGGUUUCUGGA